CUUUUUGUUUGUUAUGCGAUUUCAAGCCUGGAAUAUGCUUCGCUUUGUCAGUUUUUGAGAAAAUGAACUUCUUGGAUUUUGCAAAGAUGUUUUAGAGCUCAGACUUCUUUGGAUUUUUUUCUUCUUAGAUUUCCUUUGAUUUCUCAGGCACCAAGCAAAUUGCAUACAGUUAAUUAUUUUUUCCUAUGUUUUCCCCCAUGUGGUUGCAGGCGCGCCUUGUCAAAAUCUCAGAUUUUCAAGGGUGAAACGUUGAAAAGAUGAAUCACUGUGGCUACCAGAUGAACUCCUUGACAAGCUGCGCGCACGUUACCCCUGUUUGAUUUAACGCGGGCAACCCUGCGCGCACGUUAUGUUUGCAAUAUAUGAAGAGGCAGGGAUCAGUCUAUGUGUGAACGUUAAGCUUGAGAUAGAGACUAAAAUCAUAAUCAGAACUUAUUAAUAUAACCAGAAACAUAUGCCCAUAAAAGCAUCAUGAUGUCUGAUUGUGAAUGAUCAGAGUCAAAAAGCUUAUGAAAGCCGAAUUUAUAUCAACAAAUAUCCAGUUUGAUCUCAAACAGACCCAGAACUUGCUUAAACAAAAGGUGAUCAAAAAAUCGAAAACCUGUUGAAACCAAACGGUAAAACUAUUGAGAUUGGCCAAAGAAGUGGGCUGUACUGUAUUCGACGCCUUUGGGUUAAUCAGGACAGAACUGAAGUGAAAGGCCUGUAGAGAAUCUGGACGGCACUGCGCCUCUUUCCACUGCGCUGGAGGACCUCACUCUAGCCACCGUUAGUUUGACGUUUAGCUAAGGUUGCGCCUUUUAACACUAGCCAUGGCCAUAGAAUGUCUCAUCCUGGGUGCUGGGCAAGAAGUUGGGAAGAGCUGUGUGGUUGUAACCAUCAAUGGGAAGCGAAUCAUGUUCGACUGUGGAAUGCACAUGGGCUAUUUGGAUCACCGCCGAUACCCUGAUUUCUCUCUCAUGUCCAAGCUCGGAGAUUUUGAUAAUGCUCUCUCUUGCAUCAUCAUCACUCAUUUUCACUUGGAUCAUGUUGGAGCAUUACCUUAUUUCACGGAAGUUUGUGGUUAUCAUGGUCCUGUUUAUAUGACGUACCCAACAAAAGCCUUGGCUCCUUUGAUGUUGGAAGAUUAUCGUAAAGUGAUGGUUGAUCGUAGGGGUGAAGAAGAACAAUUUACUUCUGACCAUAUCGUUGAGUGUAUGAAGAAAGUUGUAGCUGUGGAUCUAAGGCAGACUGUGCAGGUUGAUGAAGAUAUUCAGAUUCGUGCCUACUAUGCAGGCCACGUAAUUGGAGCGGCUAUGUUCUAUGUAAAGGUGGGGGAUGCAGAAAUGGUUUAUACAGGUGACUACAACAUGACACCAGACAGACACCUUGGAGCAGCUCAAAUUGAUCGUUUACGACUUGACCUUGUUAUAACUGAAUCCACAUAUGCAACUACAAUACGGGAUUCAAGAUAUAGCCGUGAGAGGGAAUUCCUUAAAGCUGUUCAUAAAUGUGUUUCUAAUGGAGGGAAGGUACUUAUUCCAACAUUUGCUCUUGGAAGAGCUCAGGAAUUAUGCAUUUUGUUGGAUGACUACUGGGAUCGCAUGAAUUUGAAAGUUCCUAUAUAUUUUUCAGCAGGUUUGACAAUCCAAGCCAAUAUGUAUUAUAAGAUGCUCAUUAGUUGGACAAGCCAGAAGAUUAAAGAUUCUUAUUCUACCCAUAAUGCUUUUGAUUUUAAGCAUGUUCACAAUUUUGAACGGUCUAUGAUAAAUGACCCUGGUCCUUGUGUUCUUUUUGCCACCCCUGGGAUGAUAAGUGGUGGUUUUUCACUUGAAGUAUUUAAGCAUUGGGCACCUUCAGAGAAGAACCUUGUCACGUUGCCUGGGUAUUGUGUUGCUGGAACAAUAGGGCAUAAGUUGAUGUCAGGUAAGCCUACCAAAAUUGAUCUGGAUCAAGAUACACAGAUAGAUGUGCGUUGCCGGGUUCAUCAACUGGCUUUUAGUCCUCACACUGACGCUAAAGGUAUAAUGGAUCUCAUGAAAUUUCUCUCCCCUAAGCACGUUAUACUCGUUCAUGGAGAGAAGCCUAAGAUGGCUUCUCUUAAAGAAAAAAUUCAUUCUGAGUUGGGGAUUCAGUGUUAUGAUCCUGCAAAUAAUGAAACCGUAUGCAUCCCUUCAUGUCACUAUAUUAAAGCAGAAGCCUCUGACACUUUUAUUCAAAGCUGCCAAAAUCCAAACUUCAAGUUUCAGAAAUGUAGUUCAGCAGGAGCCCCUGUCCCUUAUGCUCAAAGUUGCCAAAAUCCAGGCUCCAAACCUCAGAAAUGCAGUUCAGUAGAUACGUCUGACUCAUGUUUGACAGACCGAAGCUUAAUGCCUCAUCUCCAAGUUAAGGAUGAAAGAGUAGCAGAAGGAAUUUUAGUAUUAGAGAAAAGCAAAAAAGCAAAGGCUGUACACGAAGACGAGCUUUUACACAAGUUGGGAGAAAGGAAACAUGAUAUUCGAUUUGCUUAUUGCUGUCCUGUACGUAUCAAUGACGCAAUAGAUAUCCUAAGUAAAAGCGACAGAGGUUCUUGCCUUCAAAUCUUACAUUCAAAGCUUAAUGGUGAACUAUCUGGAGGAAAUAUCCAAAAUUUUGGGGAAAAUCUACAAAUGGACUCAUUUCAUAUCUCUGUUUGUCUAAAGGAUUGUUGUCCGUACAGGAUUCAGGAAACUCCCCUGGCUGCAACUGAAGCUGUGUAUUUUUGCUGCUUUUGGGAAGCAGUAGAUGAAAAGCUUGCGUGGAGAAUAUUAUCAGCGAUGGAGAAUUUGGACUUAAGAGAAACAUAGAGUGGCAGUGAGCUCCCCUAUUCAUUUCAGCUGUGAAGUAUAUGAUUAUAUGAAUCAGCAAAAGAUGUUUGGAUGAGUGUUGGCUUGAGCAUAACAUUAUAAGUUAAUUGUUGAGAGCACUUUUUUCCGACGUGCGUGUGCAAUGGAGCAUGAGGGAUCAAGAGGAACGGAUCUUCAAAUGGGUGAAUUAUGAAAUCCAUUUGCAUUGAAUUGAACAAUUAGACAAAGCCUUAUUAUCGUCACUGUCCAUUUAAAAUAGCAGCAAUGUUUUGUUUUUCUUAGAUCGUGUGCAUGUCUAGUUAUAUUGUCCAGCGCUUCUCUCACUCAUGUAUCUGAUCAUCCUUAACCUGAUUGGAAUAUGCAUUACUCAUUACACUUUUGUACUAAACCUCAUUGUUUCAGGCUAAACAAAGUGACUUAGUUGUCAUUCUUUGGGGAA